AUGGCAUAUUCCAAAUCUUUCAUUGUUGUAAUUUUCUCAUGGGUUUUUGUGGGCUUAUCCCUUGGCAUUGAUCUUGAUAAAAAUGCGAUCGGAGUGUUUCUGGCUAGUGGUGUUGUUGGUGGCGGAAAUGGGGCUAUUUCUGCAAUGCCAUGUGUGCAAAAACUAUUACCAUGUCAACCAGCAUUGACAUCGCAUACGAAAAAUCCUCCAGCAACUUGCUGUGUGCCAUUAAAGGAAAUAUUUACAAAGGAUGCACAGUGCCUUUGCUCUGUGUUUGGUAACACUGAUGUGAUGAAGAGUUUAAAUGUUACUCAAGAUCAAGCUUUAGAUUUUGCAAAAGCUUGUGGUGCUAAACCAGAUCUUUCCCUUUGCAAAAAUGCCGCUGCAUCACCUGGUUCGACUGCAGCGCCAUCUGUUCCCACUCCUUCAGAGUCUAACAGUUCGACUUCCAGUAACAAAACUGCAAGUCCACCAGAAGCAAACACAGCAAGUGUGACAUCCAAAUUUGGAGGAUUUGUUGGCCUUGCAUCGUUUAUGAUUUUAGUAAUGAUGUUGUUAGCAUUUUAAGCACACAGCAGGACUAAUUUGCUUAUUGGGAAAGACAAUGCCUCAAGGAUUAUCGCCUUAAUCAUUUUACUGUUUUAGUUCACAUCACCUUAAUUUUUUUCUCUCGAAUGUCUGAUGACAUGUGUGAUGUUUAGAAGUUGUGUUUGACUUGUUUUUGUUAUAAUUGUCAACAGUAUGUUCCAUCAGAUAUGUUUUACCUUUAAGCUUUAAUAUAAUCUUUGCUCUUGGA